AUGGCUCAACAGCAAAAAGUGAUAUCAUUAAUAAAUAAACUGAAAGAUGUCGAUAGUGACUAUAGAUUUAUGGCAAUGAAUGAUUUAAACUUAUUAAUUAAGAACUAUCAAAUUAUAAAUGACGAUCUAGAGAUUGAAUUAAUCGAUAGUUUAUUAAAAAGUUUAGAUGAUAAUAACUUUGAAGUUAAACAGUUAACAAGUAACUCUAUAGAAUUAUUAUUAAAUAAACUAAAAUUGAAAUCUUUAAACUACUUGAUUGAUAACUUGUUCGAGUUAUUAAAGAAUAACAAGAAAGAUGAUUUGAAUGACAUCUAUUUAGUUACUAUCAAGUUGAUUAUUAAGAACUUAGAUAACAUUCAAUUCAUCAAUCUCGAUAAACUAAUAAAGAAUGUUUUAGUUUUGGACUUAUCAAUCGAAAGUUUAGACAUCUUACUCGAAUUGAUUCAUAAUUUCAUUCUCAACAGGGACCAAUCAAUUGAGGUUUUAGAUUCUCAAUUUAAUAUUUUAUCGUCGUCAGCUAGAUACUCAUUAAAAAAGAAGUCAAUUUACAUCAUUUCGCUCCUGAUAGAUGAUUACUAUCAAGACAAGCUGAAUGAAUUUAUUAACAACAACAUUAACAGCCAAUUCAUCAUCACAAAUCUCUUAAUAACAAAUACUUUGAAUAUCUUAAACAACACAAAUCAUCUGGACAUCAUUAUCCACCAUCUAGAUAACUCAGACGAUGAAAUCAAAGAAUCCGCUUUGUUGACUUUGGAAGCCUUCAUUAAGCAUCUGAACCCACAACAACAUUUAGAAUCAUUAAUAGCGUUGUCAUCGAAAUUCAUUUCUUACAACCCAAAUUACUUUGAAAUUGAUGAUGAUGAUGAUGACAUCGAUGAAGAUGACGAUGAAGAUCAAGAGGAUGAACCCCUUUCCGAUAACGAUGACCUCAGUUGGAAAGUAAGAAAGGCUUCUGCGAAGUUGAUAUCUACUAUCACUCUCAAUAAUCCACAUUUGUUGCAUCAGUUAUGUUCCUCCAUCUUCUUAAACCUUCUCAAUAUUACCUCAAAUGAGCGUGAAGAGAGUGUCAAACUAGAGAUGUUUAACGCAAUAAACUCUUUCUUCUUGAUCAACGCUUCAUUGAAUGAAAGGUGUUCUCUCAAACGCAAACACAACGAGAUGGAUCUAGAUCUUAACAGUGAUUUGCAAAACGAAACCUAUCAAAAGCCACUCAUAAAGACGAUCACGAAGCAUCUCAACGAUAAAUCUCUAGUUAUCAGACUCAACGCAUACAAGCUGUUAAACACUUUGGUCAAUACUUUCCAAGAUUCAUUGCAAUCUCCCCACAUUGAUGAUAUCACUCCAUUCAUCGAGCAAGGUUUGAAAGAUAUUCAAUCAACAAUCUCUGCAGGUUUACCAAUUGAAAUUUUAACAUUCUUGAAUUCACUGUUCAGAACUCACACAUACCGUUCUAUUCACCAAGCCAUACCAUCACUUACAGAUGCACUCAUCAACACGACAAAACUUACAAAGUAUCACAAGCUUUGUUCACUCGCACUUACAUCACUUGAGAACCUUGUCACUCUACUUCGUCCAUUGAGAGAAGAUGGUAAGGUUUCUCCAUAUCCACUUCAGCAAGAACGCAUUGACAGUUACCUUGAAUUAAUAAAUAAUGCAGUCAAUGAGAGUAUUCAAGAUAGUGAACUUUCAAACAAUGUCAAAGAAGAUGCAAUAAACGUCGUUGCUGUUUUAUUAUCACAUGCAGGUGAUAUUAUAACUAAGAAUAAUGACAGUCGUUCACUUUCACUUCUCAGUUCAAGAUUAUCGAAUAAUCUCACGCGAUUAGCUGCCAUCAAAGCUAUUAAGGUUGCUGCAAAUUCAACUACAUGUGAUGGUCAAUUAUUCCAAACUUGGUUUUUGGAAUUUCUCAAGCAAAUUACACCUUUGAUCAAGCAAAACGAUAGAGUAGUUAAAAUCACUACUUUUGAAUGUUUGGAAGCUUUGCUUGAUAGGGUCGUCAAUGAAAUCGAUCUUGAUCUUGCAAAUGAAUUGAUCACUAGUACUUUACCACUUAUAACGAUUAAUGAUCUUCAUACUCUUCCAUAUGCUUUAAAUAUUGCAAGUCAAUUGGUUCAAGGCAGAGAUGAAAUUAGAAACUCUAUUGUUAAAGUAUUACAUCAAUCAUACUCACUCGUUCUAUCACCUCUUCUCGUUCUCGGUGGUCAAGGGUUAGAUUCAUUAGAAAAGUUUUACCAAUUGACUGUCACAUAUAACCCAUCUGCUGGUCCUGAAAUUGUCAGUAACCUUUUAGAUCAAGUUAAAGAUGUCAGUGUUAGUGAUGUAGGUGGUGAGGGUGAACAUAUACUCGCAAAUGUUAGCAAACUCAUUGGUGGUGUAAUUGUAACAAGUAAAGGUGAUAUUGAAAAUUUCUUGAACGUACUCAAAUCACCAAAUCAAGUAUCACAUGUGUACUUAUCUUUAUUGGUGGUUGGUGAAGUUGGUAAAGAUAUAGAUCUUUCAGUCAAAUAUCCGGAUUUGUUCACAAUCGUUGGCGGAUACUUCAAUAAUGAUCAAGAUAAUAUCCGCAGAGCGUCCUCAUUCAGUUUAGGUAACAUCUCGGCUGGUAGUACAAAAAUAUUCCUACCAGAGUUGCUUAAAUUAAUGAAGAACUCUGAUUAUUUAAUAUUAUCAUCAAUAAAGCAAGUAAUUUCACAAUCAGUUGAACAAAUUGAUCAAGAUCAAAUUGACAAGUUAUUUAAUUCUUUAAUCUCAGUUGGUGAUGAUGAGAAUGUUAGAAAUGUCAGCGCUGAAUGUCUUGGUAAACUUUGUUUAUCAAUGCCUUCCACAUAUUUACCAAAAGUAAAAGAUUUACUUGACUUUGAAGAAACAAAAUUAAUCUCAAUUGUUGCCAUUAGAUACACCUUAACUGAGUCCACAAAUGAAAACUACUUGGUUGAUAUAUUUAACAAAUUUGAUCAAUUAUUGGUAGAUUCUAACUUGGAAGUAAAGAAAAUGACCUUAUCAACAAUUAAUUCAGCAGCUAGACAUAAACCAACCCUUAUUAAAGAAUCAAACAUACCUUUAUUAUUACAACAAACUGAUUCAAAACCUGAAUUAAUUAGAGAAAUUACCUUAGGUCCAUUUAAAGAAAAGAUUGAUGAUGGUUUACCAAUUAGGAAAACUGCUUAUGAAUGUUUAUAUACAAUUUCAAAUCACUGCGUUAGUUUAAUUAGCAAAGACGACCUGAUUGGUCAAGUUCUCAAAGGUUUAAAUGAUGUUGAUGAGAUUAAAAUCUUAACCUAUCUCAUUUUGAAUAGAUUAGUUAUGAUUGACAGAGACGUUGUCAUGAAUUCAAUUGAAGAAAUCAUUCAAAAGUUAGAGAAGGUUUUACUAUUCAAACCAAAAGAUAGUGCAACGAAGAUGGAACAUGAACGUAACUCUGAAUUGCAAACAUCAGUUUUACGUACAUUGGCAACACUUAAUAGUGUGAUUUCAAUGGAAAGAAAUGAACAUCUCAAUAAAGUCAUUAAACAAACUGUUGAACCUAAUGCUCAGUUUAGAAAUACUUUUCUUUCUUGCUCAAAUUUAACGGCAUCUCAAUUCAGUGACGCUAUGCAAACUGAUUAG